GAUAUUACCGAACAGAAAAAGCUAUCCCACCAGUUGAUUGAACAGGAAGUGCAGAAGCAAAAACAACUGGUAAAGGCCGCUAUUGACGCCCAGGAAAAUGAGCGAAAGGAAAUUGGCAGGGAACUGCAUGAUAAUAUCAGCCAGCACAUCACCACCACCCGGCUUUACCUGGAAGUAGCGAUGGAGAAAGCGGAAGGUGAUGUGCUGUCAAUGAUCAAACUUGCUCAUAAGGGCUUACAAAACACCGUGGUAGAGAUACGUCGGUUAUCACAAUCGCUGGUUCCACCUUCGCUGAGUGAUAUCGGUCUGGUGGAGUCGAUUGAAGACUUAUGUACACCGUUGAAGACAACGCAUGCAUUUGAAAUUGAAUUUGUCCAUGACCACUUCGAGGAAGCGAGGUUGACAGACAACAUGAAACUGAUGAUAUUUCGUAUUAUCCAGGAACAGGAGUAA